AGAGAGAGAGAGAGAGAGAGAGAGAGAGAGAGAGAGUGAGUGUGUCGUUGAAAAUGAGUGGCGGUCUAUACUAAGGACCAGUGUGUGGUAUACCAAAGAAAUACUUCAAUCUGGUAAACAUUGCUAGGGAGAAGAAGGACUUGUCGUCUUUUUGUUGCCUCCACAUGACAGUUUAAUAGUCGCUGACGAUGUUUCCGAGCCCCAGCACGUCCACUCCCUUCUCCGUCAAGGAUAUAUUAAACCUGGACCCCGGCCAUGAGCUCAUGUCUUCUUUGGAGCUUUCUUCUCGCAUGGAUUGCUGCGGCGCAACCUCCUCCUGCUGCAUGCUGGGCCGCCUCAGACACGAGCCUCUGCGGGACACGUCCACCGGGGCGCCGCUGUUUGACGAGGACCUCCACCUCCAGCAGCCCAAAUUGGCCGCAGCCAUUUACGGGAAACCUCUCUCGCAGUUGGACCUGGUGAAGGAGGGAGCAUCAGGCCCGUUAGAGGAGAUGCAUGCCAAAGAAGAGUUCAGCCCUCCGGCCGAACCCGCCGACGACACGACGAAACCUGACGAUCCGAGCCGACCGAAGGCCCGCAGACGCCGCAAGCCGCGGAUCCUCUUCUCCCAGGCGCAGGUGUACGAGCUGGAGCGCCGCUUCAAGCAGCAGAGGUACCUGUCCGCCCCGGAGAGAGACCACCUGGCCGGCGUCCUCAAGCUCACCCCGACGCAGGUGAAGAUCUGGUUCCAGAACCGCAGGUACAAGUGCAAGCGGCAGAGGCAGGACCAGAGCCUGGAGAUGGUGUCCCUGCCGCCGCCCAGGAGGGUGUCGGUGCCGGUGCUGGUGCGGGACGGCAAGCCUUGCGUGGCGGCCGAGGCGAGCCCCUGCAACCCUCCCUAUUGUGUGGCUCACGUCAACCACUUCGCCUACAACAACUACCCGCAAUUCAGCGGCUACGCCAACAGCGCAAACUAUGCGUGCGGUUAUCCCGCAGCCAGCGUGCAAACGGGAUCGUCCAGUCAUGGGAAUUACAUGAACUUUGGCGUGGGGGAGCUCAACAACGCGCAGCCCACCUUUCCCUCACCCAACGGUGGGACCUCGCUGCACGGCAUUCGGACUUGGUAACUGGCUGCGUGCAUCAUCAUCAUCAUCAUCAUCAUCAUUGGGGCAAAACGUUUUGGUUGAUUUGUUUGAAUAUUUAACGAUGCCUUUUUUUUUGGGUCAUGGGAUUUUGUGGCAUGAGAACAAACUAAUAAAAAGUAAUAAAAGAUCACAAAAAAUGUGAUACCAUUCUAAAUAUGCACUGAUGAUCAUGUACAUAUGUUGCACAUGAAUAACUGACUUGAAAAUAACACGUCAUUUACCACGUUUUAAUCAUGAAUGUGCAACAAAUACGUGUUCGAAUUAAGUCAAUUCAAACGACUUUUUCUUCCAGUGUGCAUGUGACAAAUAUUAAAACAAAAUAAAAAUAAUUGAACAGACCAGACAAAAUAUGACUACCUGCACAGACGUAAUACCAUCGAAUUUAUCUUUAAGAACAAUAUAAAUUCUGUCAUAUAUGCUCAGUUGGUGUGAUGGGCACAAGUGUAUAUAAAUUUAACGUUUAUUAUUGUGGUUGUAAUUUAGCGGUGCACUGCAUACAUCAUAGGCCUACAGAUAGCGUGCAAUUGUUGACUCACUUAUUAAGUUAAAUAAAGAAACCAAAAUAUUACCAACGCCGGCCACUGCAACAAAGUAAGUAGUCCUAAAGCUGGUCUUUGGCUGAUCACUCUAAUAUAGCCUAUCAUUGAAGGUUGGCGUGGAAAUAAUGUAAUAUUGUUUUCUGCUCCGUGGAUGAUAAAAAAUACCCCCAAAAAAAGGCCUAAUCUCAAUUGCACCUCAAUAAAAUAAGAGCAUCCUGCAGACUAAAAACAAGGGGGUGUCCAUGCUCAGCCCUCUUGCAUAUGGCUUGCGUCUAGUUAAAAUGUUCAAGUGGCUAUUAUGAGGCUUCAUUCAAUGUUCUUAAAUAAGGUUAAAAGGUUGUUAGUGGUUUACAUGUUUUACAACCUGCUGUCAUCCACAUGUACACUGACUCAACUUGUUGAAUGGCUGCAGCCGGCGCACUGAUGGCUAUACACUACAUGACCUUGACUCAUGCUUACAUGUAGGGCAAAUACUUUUACUGUUAUACAAAAUAGAAACAUAAAAAAGGGGUUCAAGCUAAUUCUGUAGUUUUACUCAAGAUGCAUUUUACUUUAGUCACAGCGGAAUGUUAAGAAUAGUAUUUCAUUUAGCAUAGUGUAUGAAAACAUAAAUCAUGGUGAAUUACAAUACACCUUUUUAUCCAACACACUGUAGAGUCGCAGUGCAAAAAGUUACUGCAAAUCCAUUGAGAUGUUUUUUUUUUUAAAGAGCACAAACAAGCAAUAGUUUGAGUAAUUCAAAACAAGCUUUGCUCAUUAAGCACCCUGAACGUGAUUGGUUCUGUUCUUGUCUGACACUUUCAACACUAUCAUUUUAAACAUGAGAAAAGUAACUCAGAC